AUGCCCUUUCUGUCAUUUACGUCUUUCCUAGACAAUGUAAGUGAGCCUGAAAACUUCAAUAAGUCAUCAGCGCCGCUAGACCUACUAGUUUCUGAUUUAUUUCUCAAGCUAGAGGCCACCAAUGCAGAGAAUAAAGCACCGUUUAACAGUGUUAGAGCCAAGAAGGAACAUAUUAUUCAACAAUUUGUUGAAACGUGGCGAACCCAUUUUGGAGACAAUAUUUACCCGGCAGUUCGGCUCAUAUUUCCCAAUAGAGAUGGCAGAAAGUACCAUAUCAAGGAUGUGGCGCUCACCAGACUUGUGACCAAGCUAUUGAAUCUUCAGGCUGGGCUGAAUGACUACAUGAUCAUUAAGAACUGGAAGAAAUCGUACCAUCAGAAGGCACAGUUGGCUGGUAGUAGUGAAAGAAAACAAUUGAGUGACUUGCCGUUGAUUAUAGCCCGGAUCAUUCUGCGAAGACGAGACCAGAGUCUGUUGGUAAAAAGCUCUGUGACCGUCAAAGAUGUCAACGACACGCUCGACAAAUUGACGACGCUCUCCCAUGCCAAAGACCAAGUAGACCUACUAUCACCAUUUUUGGACAGGCUCACCAUUCCUGAGGUUCGUUGUUUUUUCCAGAUGAUCCUUAAGGAGUCCAUGCUUUCCUUUUUCGAGAGAAGCUUUUUUGUAGCAUGGCAUCCUGAUGCCUACAACUUGUUCAAGGUAUGCGAUGACCUCCGCAAGAUAUUCUGGCUUUUGUGCGACCCCACAAAAAGAUUGGGACCCAACCAGCUAUGUGUUCAGCCCAUGUAUCGGUUCAUUCCGCAAUCUUCUAAGAAGUUGGAGAUUUCAUAUGCUGAAUUGUGCAAGAGAAUGACUGUCCCGAUGGCAAAAGGCAAUAAGGACGAUAAAUUAGUGCAGAUGUACGAAGGACAACAGCUACAAGGCAAGUACCUUAUUGAGGAGAAGAUCGACGGAGAUCGAAUGCUUAUGCACAUGGUCGAUGGGAACUUCAUGUGGCAUACGAGACGAAGACGGGACUACACACUUGUGUAUGGUGAAAACAUCCAUUUAGGUUCGUUAACGAAGCACUUGAAGAACGUAUUCCAUGAGAAUGUACGGAGUAUCAUCUUGGAUGGAGAAAUGGUUGCAUGGAGCAAAGACAGAGAGCUCAUACUUCCGUUUGGAACUCUACGAUCUGCGGCAAUCCAAGAAGCCCUCAAGCAAUUUGAGGUAGUGGAUGUCUACGAGGGUAACAAUAGCUGGCCCCUUUUCAUUGUAUUUGACAUCUUACACUUGAAUGGCCAGGAUCUCAGCAACCUUCCACUUUUCUACCGCAAGCAUCUUUUAACCAAAGUAAUUAACGAGGUUCCCCAUCGGUUCGAAUGUCUCCAAUGGGUAAAAGCCACUAAUCCCGAAGACCUUAAGGCCAACAUGCAACGCAUUGUCAGUGAGAGUAAUGAGGGUAUCAUGGUUAAGUCGCUUCUACUGAAAUAUCGAGUAUACUCACGAGACUCUACGUGGAUAAAGGUUAAGCCGGAGUACUUAGAGAAUUUUGGCGAAAAUCUCGAUCUUGUGGUGAUUGGGAAGAUUGGCAGAAUUAAAACAUCGUAUAUAUGUGGGCUCAAGGAUGUCGACGAAGACGGAUGCUACAAGCUGUUCUGUCGAGUUGCUAAUGGGUUUCUGACGGCCAUCUAUAGGCAGAUCGAGUCUAAGCUUUGCAAUUUUUGGGUCGACUUUUCUCUCCGCAAGCCAGGGCCCCACCUUCUCCGCUUUGGCACAGUCAAACCGGACUUUUGGAUCGAUCCGGCCAACCUGAUCGUGCUUGAGAUCAAAGCCCGGUCGAUCGAAGCAACGGCCGAAACGCCGUAUGCGGCUGGUUCUACCCUCCACAACCUCUGGUGUAGAGCUGUAAGAGAAGACAAAAGCUAUGAUGAAUGCGUCACAUUACAGGAAUACCGGGACAUCAAAUCCCGGUACUCAGUGGACAUAUACAAGAGACAAGAUGUUAAUAUCAGCCGGAAAAGGCAAGUGGAAAACUCCAUCUAUGUGAAGUACGAUAAACUGGUCAAGCGGGCGUGUGUAUCGGAGUCGACUUUAUUUAGCAAUCUCCACUUUGUGGUGGCCACUGAUUACAGACACCCCGAGAGUGGAGUAUGGUAUCUGAAUGAGGAAAUGGUAGCGAUAAUUACCAGAAAUGGGGGAACUGUGCAUUUCCACCCAAAACUGGCGGUGUUCCUGAAUCCUACCCUUGUAUUGGGACUGGCACUUACCCCUAGGUUGCGAAGAUGGGUUUCUGAGGGGUUUGAUGUUAUCUCACCUAGAUGGGUGAUGAUGAGCAUUGAGCACGGGAAACUCGAAAGAUUAGAACCUCAGUUCGUGGUGGCCAGCCGCGACAACACAUUACAGAAAUUACUUGCACAUCGUGUGGAUGAGUUUGGAGAUAGCUAUACGACAAGUUGUGGACACAACCAAUUUGCUGGGUACUUGAUGAGACUCAACAUACCAUCAGGUUUGCAAGACACUAGCCACAAGUUAUGUGCCGCACAAUUUUUGAGUGAGGAGAAGCUACUCCGCAGCGAAUUAUUCCACAAUUUGAGUUUCUAUGUGGUCAAUGCAGGAGGUGCAUGCAGGGCCCGUAACGCGCAGCUCGUUCGGAAAAUUGAAAGGUAUGGGGGAUCCGUAGUGGAUGAUGUUGUACACAGUACUUAUAUCAUAGUUCCUAACAUCUCUAAAGGUGUUGCUCCGGAGGAGGUUAUGGACGAAGUCAAGAGAGCGAACGCAAAAUUGGGGGCGAACUACGAAGAGGGGACUAAGACGGCAAAGACUGUUUGGGAUGGAUUCGUAGAUGUCACGGUUGCAAUGGGGGAGUUAGCUGAUAGUGACACCUUCAAAGUUCGCUGGUGA